CUUACCUCUAACGUAUAUGGUUACCGGUUUUAUACAAAUAUCUGACAUUACCCGCCAAUACCGAAAGUAGGGUUAUCGAGAGCAGAAAUAUUUGUGUAUUUAUGACAAAUAAUCUCAUUAGAAUUGUGAAAUAGAAAUUGCUUGAAAAUAUACAUGUAGUUUAUUCGUUUAUAUUAUAAGCGUACUAUAAACGAUAUAUAUUUCCAAAGAAUAUUUUUAACAUGGAAGUGUCUCCAAUGGGCAACUUGCCUUGCAGCAAAGAUUUAUGGUCCAUAAUAUCUGGCACAACAUGCUAUUGUGCAAAAGAGACUGUCGAAGAUGAAAUAAAGAAUGGAACUGUUUUACUCAAGGAAGGUCUUCAGUUUUUUAAGCCAUAUACAGAUGCAUCAUUGCAAAGCGUCUCUAAAAGAGAUCCACCUCCUCUUCAACAGAUGUAUGAUUUGAUUAGUAAACUUGCUCCACUUAUUAACUUAGAUGCCACAAUUACCUGGGAUCUCGUAUGCAAUUUUGUGUCAUACGAAUAUAGAAAUUGCGCAGAGACUUUUGCAACACAGCUUACUGAUCUCACUUCUAUAAAAAGUUUAAUUGAUGAUAUUUGGAACUUUUAUUACUCUGAGAGAGUGACCUUAAUAAAAUGUCUCAAACUUAUGAUUGAAUAUAAAGAUAAUGAAAGACAUCCUUAUCACAAGGAAUUUGCAAAAUUUUUUGAUGAAAUCUUGAUGGGCAAACUACUUGAAUCUAUACUAAAGCAAAUAAAAGCAUUGAAAUUUGUAAACCCACCUACACGUUCGCAAUUCUGUACUGAAGAUUAUUUGCAUAGAUUAUAUAAUAGCACGUUGAUUGAAAUGCGAGAGCUGCUUCAUAUAUUAACUGUGAUUGUGCAUGAUGUACAUAUUGCUGAUUAUGAUUUUGUUAAGUUCUAUGGAAGCAUUGGGGGUGAACCUAGACGAUUAGCAAGUACAAAAAGUUACGAAGAUAAGGAAGCUAUCAUUAAAAAAAUUGAAGAGAUACAAUAUAGUCAAGUAGGAUUAUUACUUGUAGCAUUGGAUGUGAGAAAGCAUGCUGCUAUGGAAGAUUGGAUAGAUGGCAUCAGAAGCAGUAUGCAAGAAAUCUUUGAACAUAAAUGCAUUCGUGAAAAUUCACCACAAGAUGGACCAUUGCUUCUAUCUUGGAUGUUAGCAAAUUAUGCGAUUGACCCGGAUAAUAUAGACACAUUAAAUCGCUUCAGACCAUUUGGUGUUAAAGCCAUACAACUCGAUGUGUUUCAUUAUUUACAAGAUUUAAUGAACUGCGAAAUCUUUCAAGAAGAGACUUAUUAUGCUGAAAUUGUGCGAAGCAGCGUUUAUAAUCUUCUCACUUUACUAUGCGCUUUUAUCGAUGAAGAUCGGCUAAGUGCUUUAAAUGGUAUUUUCGACGCCAUGGCUGCUACAAUCAAAUUCCCAGAAUGUGCAACUAGAUUUUGGAAUGAACCAAACGAUGGUUUAUGGCCGAUUUAUAAAGUUGCUGUAGAAUUAUAUCCCUAUAAGUUUGAACCUUUAACCAGUAUAGCUAUUGGUCUUGCAUCCACGACCAUUACAAGUGCCAAGAAGAUUGCAUUGGAAUUGGAUAAUCUACAAACAGUGACUAUAGAGCUUCCCCGUCAAAGAGAUCAUAGUAAAUCAUUACAGCCAUACAAAGCGGAUUGUAUAAUUCAGAAGAACUCGUUUACUAUACCCAGUAAUUGUGCACGUGAAAACAUUGCCGUGUUAUCUACGGAGAAAGAAGUGGUUUUAUUUCGUACAAAAGCGAGUUACUGGAAUGCCUUACAUCACAAAAUAGAACAGUUAUUUUCUCAAGCCGAUGGCGGAAUUGCGAAUAUCAGCGUGGUGAAGAUAGAUUUACCGGAAAAUGUUUGUCAUGGUCUCAAACUAUUGGAAGCAUUAUUAGCCAAAGACAUUGAAAUACCAUCAAGCAUUGUCAUUCCCACAGAGCUGAGUUUCGAAAUCAUUAACCGAUUUUCAUAUCCGGUUCUACCAACAAAUUUAUACAAAAUUGUCGCCGUGUGCAUCGGUAUCUCAUCGAAAUUGGUUUUAAGAUAUCCCGAAGAUAUUCUCUCACGUAUGCGAUUGGGUAUUUACCCGAAAUUCAAUAAUUGGUAUCAGAAACCGGUAGACUUCGCUGAAGCAAUCUCCUUCGACGGUGGUCUUAUUGCGUCGUGGCUUUCAGGAAUAGAAACUAUCGAACACACUUACCCUAUUCUACGCGCAUUUUUAGAUACCUUAUACAAUUAUCUAAUCUUCAAGCACAGUAAAGAGGCUAUGUAUACCAUUGAGAUACCGGGUAUGGUGUUUCUCUUACAAGCUGUUUUACCUAAGUUGGACUCAUGGUAUUUUAAAUCCAACGCUGAAAGAAUUGAUUUAUGGCUGAAAAGCAUGUACUGCAUUCAUCGGGCUCUAGAAUCUACUCUAUCCAAGAAUGAUAUCCGCAAUGAGUUGCAACUUGUUGUAGUAUAUAGUCUGCUCUACUUGGAGCCACGUCACGCAUUGUUGAAACUACUCCGAACAGGCGAACGCACAUUACACAAUAAAAUGAUUACGGAGACUGAUUGGAUUAGUGGAAAAGGAUUCAAGACUACCAAAACUGUAGAAUUAGCCUUGUCGAUAGUCAAUCGCCUCUUAAUGUUUAGAAAGUCUUUGGGUCUCGAAUUGAGUGAUAGAUCACCUCUCGAGAUUGCUUUGUAUUCCUCUCCAAGAGUACCUAAUGGACUUCUCAUAGUACCGACCAUUGUUAAUUAUUUAUAUGUUUGGUUUAGUCCUUCAUUGCAAAAAAUGGCGGUUAGAUUACUGAAGAAGUUUGCGGAAGAAUUUUCUAUGUCUUUACUCGUUUGUAUGGGGAUGGAUGGUACCUCUAUACGAGAAACUUUCGCAUUUCGAUUGACGCUACCGACAUGCGCGAUUGAAGUAAAAGUUGCUAUUCUGGAAUUGGUCGCCGUAUGCCUGGAAAAACAGCCCGGUUUGACGGAAGCCCUCUUCAACAUUAUGCAUCAAGCGGAACGCAAGAGAAUUUUCCCGCGUCCAGCCGAUGAGUUUCUUACGGAGGGCUGCAGUCAAUUCUUGGAUUCGUAUUUAGAACGAAUGUACAAAGAAAGUGGCAUUGUGUGCGACAAAUUAUACGACAGCACAAUGGCGGUAUUACGUGCCAUGUGGUAUUACAGAAACGAAAUUCUCGUCAAUUUCUUCCGGAAGCGAGAGAAAUUUUGGAGCCAUCUAUUCGCGCCGCUUUUCAAACCUCUGGUACCGGGUGUAAAAGGUUAUUCCCAAUUGUUAGAUGUAAUUACGUUAGAAUUAUAUAAAAGUCCAUUACUCGAAGAUAAUUUCUCAAAAAAUCUAAAAGAACUUUUGGACAAAACUAAAGAUCAUUGGAAGAAAUUAGCCAUAUAUGUUCUCGAUGUUGCAAACGGCGAAAAUGAGAGUACUAAAGAAGAGCAUAUAAAACAGGACAAAACCAUCGAUCCGUUAUAUGAGAUUAAUUUAGAGUCUUGGUAUCAUUUUAUUGUCAUGCUCACUGAUGAUCGAACGGCUAAACAUUAUCCAAUUAACGUAACGCAGGCGCAUCUUCUGACUCAGCUGGCUCUGGAUUCUUUAUUGGAGCGAGUGAAAGAAUCUAAUGAUACCAGUAGCGGUAAAAUUCCUAUGUUACUGGCCUCUUUAUCUUUGAGAUGCAUCACUUCUUGGAAACAGAUGUGCGUUGGCGACUCGAGGAUUUUCAAAACUAGGCUGUCACAGCUCACGCAAGAGAUAGCGCAGACUUACCGUGGCUUCGGAAAGGCCCUGCGCCAAACGAUGAUCUCGUUACUACUUGGAUGCGUACAAUUGGUGAAAAGUACCUUAGCCGAAGAUUCAGCGAGCCUAGAGUACCUUUUGGCGCAUUCCUGCACGAUCGCUAUUUGCGAAUUGGAAGAACUGAAGGAAGCUGCCUUUCAGCUAGAACGUCGAAAACAACAAAUCUCUAUCGAUCUCAUUAAGACCGAGCAGAAAGAUCCGCAGAAAAAAGCUGACUAUUUCAGCGCGGAGACCCUCCGUGGUAUACGGGAAAGUUUACCGGCGACAUUAGCUGUGUGCAUGGUGACGCAGUUGUUACGAUCGUAUGUCGAACGUAAUGCAAAUUUCAAGCAUCGUUUACGAGCCAGUUGCGUACAGCUGCGUCAAAUGGUACCUGAAUUGAUGGCAUGUGUCGGUUACACGCUACAAAAGUAUCCUUAUCUUAAAUUCAGUAUAGCAGCUUUGAGUUUGCUGGGUGUCAUAUCGCGUUCGCCGUAUUGUCCGCACCCUAUCAGCGACAACGAUAUCGCAAAACUCUGGCUCAGUCUGAUCCCGCCAGAAGACAUCGCCAACAGUAUGCUCGACUCAUUGUACGACGAUUCGGUGAACGGUCGAUGGCGUUGCCAGGAUUGGUGGCCGCUGUAUACCCUGGGCUUGGAGUUCGUAAUAGGUUUGGUGACUAGCGAGACGCACAUGGUGUACAUCAAUCAUGUAAUCCUUUUCUUAAACUCUCAUGAACAUCAGUUAAUGGUUGUCUCCACUUUACUGAGACACACUGCCGAUUUGUUGGCCGCUGAUCUGAUACAAUCGCUGAUUGCUCUUAUACAUGCUAUAGCUACGCAAACAUAUGUUUGGAACGCGAUCCAGCCAAGUGUCCGUGAAACUCUAAUCAAAUGCACAUAUCUGGUGUACGACAGUACGGUAAACUUGUUGUUAAGACCACGGAUACUUAAGUUUAUCAUUGAUGGCAUCAGCGUGGAAAGCGCCGAGGAGCUUGAGUCCUGCGACAAUCGAUUGCCUAGUGGCGAAUUGAAGCUUCUCGUGAACAAAUUGAUUGUCAUAAACACGACCUGUGCGCUAACUUUUGUCCAUUUCUCUCCAAAAUUGAACACCCUUGUGGACACAAUAUAUACUCAGGAUUAUUGGUAUACGCCGAUGGCCGAAAUGAACUUCGGCCCACCGCAGAUGAGCAUGAGUUCCGGUCCUCGGCUCACCUACGGCACAAUCAUCAGUUCAACGCAGUUAUUCACACAGGCUCUUCACUCCCGCUCACAACCCGUUACUUCGUUGCCCGCGUCUUUAAUCCCGCACGCAACUGGACGCGAAGAUAAAACGGAUUCCGCGAAGAAGGAAUGGGAACGUGCUGCACCAGACAAUCUCCGGCGUAUGCACACGAGCAAGGAUUUACGAAGAAUCAUUCACGCUUCGAGCUCAAUUUCCAGAACGUCGACAUCUAACAUCGGUUCCGGAGAAUUUCUGGGGUACCCCGUAAGUGGCCUGGAUGUCACCGUACCAUUACUUAGCAGUCCAAGACUCGUACGUCGUCCGUACGAUCCGUUGAUAUGUGAAAACACUAUUCUUUCGAGAGCGACCGCUUUGGCGACUGGUAGACACGUCGCGAAGAGCAGCGGCACCGGCGGCAACGGUAGUCCAAUCAUAGCAAGAAAUCAUCGGUUCUGCGAUCCGUGGUUCGAGUCCAUGGACGAGAACAAUACACGUCUGGCAUUGGAAAUCAAUCUUAUUCUGAUAUUGUCUCAGGCAUUGGAAGGUGUAAAGAGUCCUAGACUUGCGUUGCGAGAUCGUCAACUUAUAGCGCGAGAGACUGCUACGGAGCUGGGGGUUUUCUUCGAUUUUCUCGAGCACCGCGGCACACCAGAUAUCUGGCAGGUGAAGGGUUCCUUAAUAGACGUGGAUACACGGAGCUCCAGGACAAUUCAGGAUACCAGUGAUCUAACACAAAUGAAUUUACCGGCAAGACUCCAGAAGGACAGUACCCUUGACAAAGCGCCAGUGUGCUCACCCGAUCACGAAGACUCUUCAAUGGAAGUAAUUCAAACCGAGACACCGGAGAAAAGACUUGAUGAUAGUAUCCUUACAACUGGUGUUUUCAAAACGAAUGUUAGCAGCGUGCAAUUCUUACCGUUGAUGGGGAAACUGCUCAAGACAGUUGUCGAAUCGUUGGACUCGGCACAAUUUCGCUAAAGUUUGUGAAACUGUUUUAUAAUUAGAUCUUAAUAUAUAGAUUAUCACUUUGGAAUAGAGUUUAUCUCUCUUAACAUUCCAAUAUAUAAAGUGAAAAUGAACAUAUAUUCUAAUAUUUAUGACUGUGUUUUGUAUCAUGUAUCAUUUUUUUAAAUUUGGUACAAAAUUGUACAAAAUGUGCAAAUUGUGUGAUAUAUAUAUAUAUGUAUAAUUGAACAUUUGUAUGCAUGUCACAACUAAUUGGUACUAACCAAUCAUAUAUGUAUCGUAUAAAUAUAUUAUUUUUCUACUGUGCACAACGCAAUGUGAGAAUUAUAAUCGUAUUAAAAUAGUCUAUAUCUAAUAUUUAAAGGGAAAGGAAGAGGAAAAAAAAUUAAAGAAA